AUGCCUCAAGAUCCUGCCACCUUACGACAAGCCAAGCUUGAUGUGGCCGCCACCUUGUUAGCCUGUGGUGUCAACCCAGAGCGCUCUGUCCUUUUUGAACAAAGCCGUGUCCGAGCUCACACAGAAUUGGCCUGGAUUUUCAAUUGUAUUACGCCCGUAGGCUGGUUAGGUAGAAUGACCCAAUGGAAGACAAAAAUGGAAGGAAGAGGGAUGAGUCACGCUCAAGUGCUGGCUGAUGAAAGUUUAACAAGUGGAUUAAAGAUGGGACUUUUCGAUUACCCUGUUUUACAAGCGGCUGAUAUCCUAUUAUACAAGGGAACACACGUACCCGUAGGAGAGGAUCAGAUUCAACAUUUGGAAUUAGCGCGUGAUAUUGCUGGUUUGUUUAAUAAGACCUUUAAACCUGUGUUUCCUAAACCUGAAGCCAUUGUACCUCCUGCUGCUAAGAGAGUCAUGUCAUUACGUGACCCAAAGGGUAAAAUGUCUAAAUCCGAUCCCUCGGAUUUCUCUCGUCUCAAUCUGAUUGAUUCUCCUGCCACCAUCCAAGCUAAAAUCGCCAAGGCAACAACAGAUGGUAUCCGUGGUGUUUCUUAUGACCCCGUGAACCGUCCUGGUAUGUCCAAUUUGGUUUCCAUUUAUGCUGCUAUGCGAGAUAUCGAGGUAGAGGAGGCGGUUAAAGAGUGUGCGGAUAUAACAAGUACAAAAGAUUUCAAGUUAAGAGUGUCAGAGUCCAUUAUUGAAAAAUUGCAUCCCAUUCAAUCUGAAUUAGUGCGUUUACAAGCGGACGAAGGUUAUGUUAAAACUGUAUUAGAUAAGGGUGCCCAAAAGGCAAAUGAUGUGGCAAACAACACAAUGGAAGAAGUUUAUAAAGUGGUUGGUUUAAGAUAA